CGGCGAUCGGAUCUGAUGGAGAAAGUCCGCGUGGGCCCUUCCUCGUGCUCCGGCGGGUGCUGCUUCGCUCUCGCAGCCCUUAGCCCUUCUCCAUCACGUUGCUCUGUGUCCGCUGCUGACCCUCCCCCCUCCCAGUAGUGCUGCGGCCCGGCACCUAUGGGGAGCACAUCGUGUCCUCGCUGUGGAGAUGUACUGAAUGCUUAGGGAAUACGGAGAUGCUGAGGUUAGCGGCAUAAGUGUAUCUUGAAAACACCGCAGGAGAUUUCAUGUGUCCAAGAGUGGCAGGAAGGAAAACGAAAAUUUUGAAUCCUGGUGUUCUCUCCCAUUCCCCCAAAGAUUCUUUUCUGUGCUGACCGAAAAGCACAGCAGGGAGUAAGUGUCUACAGCUCUGAGAUGGCGAAGGGCAUGGGGCACCCCUACUGUGGGGAGUAACUGGGAGCUGGGACUGCUCACCUGGAGAGGGAGAGGCUCAAAGUGUGUCAUCCACAUCCAUAACCCUGCCCUCCCCCUGAUACAGCUCCAUGCUGUUCCCUCAGGCACUGUCCCUGUCACAGAGAGCAGAGCUCAGUGCAGUCCCUCUCUCCCUAUGAGGAGCUGCAGCUGCCAUGAGGCCUCCCCUCAGCUCCUCUGCUCUGGGCUGAGCAAACCCAGGGACCUCAGCCAUUCCACAUACGUCUUGCCCUCCAGAACCUUCCCCGUCCUUGUAGCCCUCCUUCAGAUGCUCUCUCAUAUUUCUACGUCUGUCUUAGAUUGUGUUGCCCAGAACUGUACCCAGUGCUGGAGCUGAGGCCGCAGAGUGCAGCAGGACAACCUCUCCCCUCGCCCAGCUGGCAGUGCGAGCCUGAUGAACUCCAGGUCCAACUCCAGGUUGGACGAGGAGAGCUCCAGAGGCAGAACUCCAGAACUCAACUGUGUUCUAAUUCUGUGAUUGUGUUUUGUUUUUCUGAACAAAUUGGCUUCUCAAGUUACUUUUCAGGCCCAUCUAAGUGGUGAUUCUGAACUAAAUUAACCAGUCGAGCUGUAAAACUUAACAGUUUGAAGCAAACACCAGUUUUCCUAGUAGCUUUAAUUGUACAGGACCGUGGAUGCUUUCAGAGGUCUCGCUGUCUGACUCCUAUGCACUUGCUAUGAAGGCAUUUCUGCAGAGCAGCUACAAGUGACAGAAGCUUGAGUUUUGCAUUUGAGGAAGAACUACAGAAAUCUGGAAAUAUACCUAAAGAUGCUGCUGUCACUCGUGUAGCGUGGAAGGUGAUAGAUGUUAGAAGUAUACUGAUGCUUCUGAGAGGUGGUGACGCAGAGCAGCAGGAUGCUCGACAGCAGCACAGAGACAGAUCUCCAGGGCAGACGGAUGUAUGCUGGCCCCACCUGAGAGCGACCUCACCAUGAGGGGUCAUUUCACCUGAACAAAACCUUCUCUUUACUUUCCCCUCUCCCCUGCCAACUGCUGGCUAAAUUUGCUUCUGCCACUUCAGCUGUGAUUCUGGAUUAUCUGAAAUGUACACUGAAUUAAUCUCGUCUUAGAAAAGCAAUCAGAACAGUAAUCUUUGACUCACUGGGCUGGCUCUGCUGAACCCUUUGCAGGGAAGGAAUUACACCUCUGUCCUUCCUUGUGGGGAGCACCUGGGGAUGUUCCCUUCUCUGCACUGCGUGCCAUUGCCAUGACUGCUCUUCUGCCUGGGACGCAGAAGGACUCAGCCUCUCUGGAAAACCUUCCUCUGGGCAUGUGCCACCUCCAGAGCACACUGCAGCUGAGUUCAUGGCUCUGCAAUAGAAGUUGAGCAGUGGAGUUGCUUUUGAAGACAGCAUAGCAGCUGGGAUGUGGGAGCCAGCUUCGUUCCGUGGCUGGUGGGCUCAUGGAGUAACCCAGGUCAGGCAGCACGUCCAGAGGUCUCUAGUCCAGUCCCAGCAGGGCUGGCUGAUUGCUUACGGCCUUCUCCAGUCAACCUUGGAACACCUCCAGUGUUUUAGAACCCACAGCCUCUGCUUCUGUGCUUUUGUUUUCCCUUGUGUUGUAUCAACAUUUCCCCUUUCCCACCCUGUGCUUGCUGCCCCUUGUCAUACCCCAGUACACCUCACAGAAGAGCCUGGCUCUGACAUCUCUUCAUUUUCCCGUAUAGGUAGGUAUUUGGAGACAGUAAUGAGAUCUUUUUAUCUUAUGGCCCAUUCUCCUCACAGUCUACCUUGGUAGGCUCUUUUUGAUCCAGAGAAGAAUAUACUGAAUUUAUAUAAAACAUGGAGAUAUUUUUCAUAUCUUCCAAAUCUACCUGACCUCUUGAGGCAUACAUGGACAUACUGAGCUGCCCUGACCAAGGCAAAAUGUCUAUUAAUCCAGGCAGAGGAGGAGGCCAGAAGUAAGAAGCUGUCUGGAAGGCAAACUCCAUCGCACAAUGAGCUAUGAAGUAACAGCAGAUUUAUUCCUCGAAGGACCAGUGCAUCCAGGCCUGUCUGACCCUGUGAUCCCUCUCAGCAGGGUUUGCCAGGGCAGUGAUGUGUUGGUGCAAAGGGCCUCAUGCCGCAAAGCAUUCCACAGCUGCCUGUGUUUCUUUGUGUGGGCUCCAUUGGCUUGGUGUGUGCCUGCAAUGCAGUCAUGUGGACAGUCUUUGCAAAAGCCCUGCGACUGUCCUCCUCCUCGGCCUCUGCCUCUGUGACCACAACAGCCUCCAACUGCAUCUCUUCGGCCAUCCUGGGCAAGCUUCUCUUUGGGGAGACGUGGACACCACUGUGGUGGGUUGGCCUCACUGUGACACUCUGUGGCCUCAUGCUGCUGCACACUGCUGCACCCCAGCCAACACUGUGCAUGGUGGAGAAGAAGGGCUUGUGAGAUCUCUCCUCUCUCCAUUUCCAGCCUGGAUAAUGCUUCAGCUACUGCCAACAACAGGUCCCAACCAGGUCUUCACACUGUGCACUUUCUCAGUCUCCUUGUUCUGUGCUCGAGACUACUGAGUGCUGUCAGAACUGCUCAGCUCCCUUGCACGUUUCUCCAUCCAUUUGCAAAGUUAUGCAGGUUGCAUCUUCCAUGGUUGGCCACAGCAACCAUUCCGUGUGCCUGGUGGAGAUGUGGGAACAGUGACAACUUGAGGGAGAGUUGAUCGGUCUGAGUCAGCUGUCUGGAAACCAGAGCCAGAGGUUAUCAGCCGCCCCUCCUCUUCACACCCUGCGCUGAUGGAGCCUUCCCAGUGCCAGCACGGGAGGGAGAAAGUAAACAUAGUGGCUGUAGAAGGUGACCGUACAUUGGUACUUUUCCAUGAGAGGAACUGUCCCAAAAUGGAAAAGCAAGCAGAACUAGGCACUGGAGGUUGUGGACAUUUCUGCCCUGCUGGUGGUGAUUUUCCUUGCUGCCUCUUGGAGAGACUCCAUGCUUGCUCCAGGUUCCUAUUGUCUGGAAGGCGGUGGAGCAUUCCAUUAAUUCCUUUGGCUGCCGCUAUUACACACACCUUUUAACUUGCCAUUUACGUCUUUUGCUUGUAAUUCCCAGUUUCCCAUUCCUAACAUGUUGUUCACUGUAAGGUGGUUGCGUUUGCCUUUAAACUCUUAACCAGCACUGAUUUUUGAUCACUGUUUCUGGUUUGUGUAAGUCAUACUGUAAUAUGGGGAGAACAUGAUGUCAACAGUCAGCCUUCUUCAUUAAGAGUGUGCGUGUUGAACACGUCCUCCUCAUCACUUAAGCUGACAAUUGCUUUAAGUAAAAAUGGAUUUUCUCAGGCAACGCUUUUUUCACUUCUGGAUGAUGCUAUUUUCCAUUUGUGCAAUGUAAUUAAAUCACUGGUACCCACUCAUGCUAAAUGUUGGGUCAGUGAUUACUCUUUGUUAUCAGAAUGAGAUGCCUGCCAAUAUGUUACACCUGGCAAGAAUCAUCAUUUCCAAGGUGUUGGUUUCUUUCCCCUGCCUGCACAUGCUUGUUUUCCGUGGUAAUUGUUUUAUUGCAGUCCUAAUAAAGAAUCAUAAUGAUGCCUAAAAACGUA